AUGGUCUCAGAUACAGACAUCACCAUACUAUGUCAGCAGCUUCGUGCAUCGCUCCGGAAGAUCGGGUCGGACGAGCAACAGAGCGCGCUAGAGGCGAAGGAGCACACUGAGGACGACGUCCGUGCGGCGCUACAGCACCUGCACCAAGUCAUCGCGAAGCAGCGAUUGCAUAAAUUGGAAAAAAUAGCUGCCAAGGUUGGAGAUGUAGUUGAGAAGCUAUCGCCAGUGAUCGAGGCUGCGACUGAGGAAGUGGGGCACCACACGUCAGCAGUAUGGGCUGCUUUCGUGACAUUAUUGAGCGUGAGAGCGCGCAGCAACGUGUUCGAAGCUGUUGCGGACGUUCUCAUGUACAUCACAGACAACCUGCCCCGAAUUUGUACAUAUAUCAAGGCCUGGAGAUCUCAGGCGAUCGACAAUUUGACGGGUACGAUUGCCAACCCAGCGGCUUAUGCAUUUCGGGACAUCGUGAAGUAUCUCACAGAUGUUGCGGAUAUAAUGAGCUCGAGGUGGAAGCCAUUCUGGGCCGGAUUGAGCAAAACUGAACUGAAGGCAGACUUUGGUCAGGCAAAGGCCAGGUUAAAGGACAGCUUUUUAUCCGCUGAUUUCCAGUCGAUUGCCAACAACUUUAAGGUGAUCAAUGUGUACCAAGAUAAGCUGCGCAUGGAGCAGUUGCUCCACCGCUUACAUACCGUCAACUUUGAGAACGACCUGAAGCGCCGACAGAAGGAUCGCCUAAGAUCGUCGUGCAAGUGGUCCAAGGCAAACGUUACAAUCCAGGGCUGGCUAGAAGCCGGUUCAAAUGCAUCGCCCGAGACAAUACGUCUUUGGCUGCACGGAGAUUCCGGAACGGGACAGAGCGUAGUAGCGGGAUAUCUCAUCAAGCAGGUGCACAAGCAGCGGGCGCCGGACGAGAUAAUCAUGUACUUCUUCUGUGACGGGCAGAGCCGCGCGAAACAGACUGCCGAGACCAUUCUCAAGACGCUCAUCGUACAGAUGCUCAAGUCCUCUGAGCCACGAGUCUACUGCGAGGAGGCAAUGUAUGUCGCUGACGAAGUUCUAUCGAAGUCAGACGACUAUCCAUUUUCGCUGGAUGAUCUGUGGGACUUCUUCGUUCGCCUGCUUGGGUCUUUCACAAAGGGCAGCAUCAUUCUCGAUGGUCUGAACGAGUGUCAUCCAGACGUUCUCGGCGAGGAUUCACUACUCUCACGCUUGUGCCAGCUUGAUGGUAGUCGACUACGACUGCUCAUACUGAGCCAGGACGUAGACGACAUCCGCUCGUGGCUGGGAAACUGGGUCGCUGUGGAGAUUGGCGGCGAAGAGACGACACAGGACGACCUGCGUUCUUAUGUGUUGUCUGAGGUCGAGAAGCUGGCAGCGUUCAUUCCGAAUCUUCCGGCCACCGACAUGAUGGUGGAGGCCAUCUAUAAUGCGGCGUCUGGCGCAUUCCGUUACAUCCAGCUACUGGUCGACAAGAUGAAACGGGCUCGGGCUCGGGGCGUGGAGCAAACUCGUCUUGCUGACCUUCCAGAGGGGUUGCAGCAGAUGUAUCACGACUACAUCGGUGGCCUUUUUCACAGGCCCCCGGGACAUGUACGACUCAACGAAGUUGCCGUCCGGACACUGCAGAUCAUGCUCUUCAUCGAUACAUCGUUCACGCUCAAUCUCGACACCCUGCGCAUCUUGCUCGCAAUACACCCGUCCGACGAAGACAUCAGCGAGGAUAGAUACUAUGCUGUCGCCCGCGACAUCCGCCCAACCCUCAGACAAGCACUCGGCGUACUUCUCGAUGACGAGAUUCCGGACGCUGGACCGCGAUUCGCGCAUCAGUCGGUGAAAGACUUCUUGCUGCAGUCCGAUCCUGAGACUUUCGACGAUCCUGUUGUUCAACAUGUUCUGCGUGCAAUGCAGCGCGGUAGCGCAAACUGUGUCCUUACCAUGACGUGCUGCACCAUUCUUGCGUCCCCGCACUGGCGGCAAAGGGAGAUGAAGCGCAGGAACGACUUCGACCGGGAGCUACCACAGGUCUGCGCGCCGUACGUAUCCUCCUCUGCCGCGCUCUACGCCCUCGAGACAGGUAUCAAUGCCAUUGCCGUACAAGCGGGUUUGCGCAAACGGAUUACGACUUUCAUUCACGAAAGGGAUUCGGAUAUACUUCACCAAUUACUAAUCGGCGACGCACACUUGCAUGUCCCGAGGACCUUUCAUACAGAGGACGUGCAUUCCUUGCCGCUUGAUAACCCCCACGUCCACCGUCCCUUGUAUGGUGUCGCAUAUGAUUGCAGAGCAUCUCUUGAUGGCUACGUGUCUGCAGCGACAGAAAGUGGUCAGCACGCGGCGUGUUCCCAGGCGUUAGUUCCACUACUACUGUCUGCGAUGGAGCAGUGUGCUGUGACUGCUACCUCUAUAGCUGAUAGCGCGGAUUCCGGUCUGAACGCAUUAUCCUAUGCUCAUGCUCGCAUGCAAAGUGACUUGGCUACAGCUCUCUCGCACAUUGGGAGUGCUCUCACAGACAUCCACGAGCUCAUGUCGCAGGUGUACCUCUCUGAUGACAGUCAGAAACCUAGAUUCGAUGUCGAGGCGUCUUGGGUGCAAGCUAUGGCAUUCAUGUACGACCCGUGCAAUACGUUCAGCAUGCGCCUGCAGCCGAAUAUCUUUGGAACACUCCUCAAUAUAUGGUACUCUCGACUGUCUGACCUUGGAUUCGCUUCUUUCCCUGCGAUCUUAACGGCGUUCGCAUCUCUUCGACAAGCGCAAGCGGUUCUCAGCCGGCUGCAGCUGCUCCUCCCACAGCCAGGCAUUACCAAUAUGUUGGACGGCAUCGAUCAAGUUGCAGACAUCCUUGUUUGGUGGUUGACCCUACACCAUUAUCCCUAUUGUGCGGCGGAGACGCAGGGUUCGCUGAUGCAUCUUCUUGUAAAACACCCCAUAUGGUGGCCCUUGCCGUAUGUCCGAGCCAACAUCCACAGCGGCGAACCUGAAGAAACACUCAUUCUCAACGGUAUACGCGUGCUCCAGCUCGAUAUUCGCAAUUGGAUGCCUUCACGUCUUUCCCGGAACAUCAAUAUUGCCGUUUGGCUGACCAUGUCUAUCGCAAUCCUGUUGCUCAUCAUAUGCUCGACGAACCAGCUUAUCCAGGUACUCGCUGCUAUUUGGAUACUCGAUACACAAAUCUGUGAGCCUCGAUACCAUUCACAAGCCCUUCUCAGGUCUCCCGAGCGGAUCGCACGCUCUGUCUUGUCAUGGGUUAUAGUUCUGCUUGCUCUGAGACUAUGCGUGUCGUCUAUCUGGAAUUGUGCUGCGGGCGGCCUUGUCUACGUCCUACAUGUCAGUCGUCUCCUUCGCUUUCGCUUGUAUUGGUAUAAACAAUUCCCGGACGUACCACUCACCCUGACGGGACCUGUGACGUUCAUACGACUCAUGGUUGGCUUCAAGUACCGCAUCUGGAACGUCGAGCUUGGUGGCAAUACUGUUCGUGAUCAGGAUUCAUCAGCACUGCGUGAGGCGGAACUUGCGGGCGUAGAGGUUCUCAUUCAUUCAAUUGACCGCCGCCUCCUAUGGUUUAUCAGGACUGUGCUCUGGACGAUAUCAACAAACUGGUAUGGCUGGGUUACGGUAUUGUUUCCAAGACUGUCGCUCUCCGUCAUCAUCCAGUAUGUCCUGGCCGAUAUCAUGCUCCGCAGAGCCGUGGAACUCUGCGAGGAUCCAUGUCAUGCUCAUCGUGCGCAAUUCCUGUUUUCAAGGCUGCCAAAGCAGAUGCAGAAGCUAUCCCGGGGGAUAGAACUGUUGACAUUCGAGCUGAGGGAUCUCGUUGGAACGGAUUGGGACGCUAUCGUAUUUCAGAGCCCAGAAAAUAAAGUAGUAGUACUCGGUGCUGAUCAAAGUGAUGCCACCUCCGGCACAAGCGAGACUACUGAUGAAGCGGUGCCUCUCGUUCCUCCGUUCCUCAUUCCAAGUGAAGCUGAGAAAUCGGGGAGCAUAGGCGGAUGGGUAUACGCCAGACAGAAACAGGCCGAUGAAGGAGAUCGCUAUGAAUAUGCGUUGCAAGGGAAAUUGAAUCAGCCUCUAUAG